AGCUACGAGAAUAGAUAGGAUUUGGAUGAUGAUUAGCCCCGCCAAAACCUGCAACAAUUUGGCCAUGGCGGUUUCGUUAUCUUCUUCAAUCAGCUCCCCCAAAGUUUCCAUCAAUGUCGCAGUUAACCCCUCUGCUUCCAGACGUUAUUGUGUGUCGACACGGUCCAUGAUCCUGUUCAGCAGAAGCCCCGCGAGAUCACUUCAGCGGAAGCUUAUUAGCUGCAUUUUCUCUAAAUUGGAGCACUUAACGGAAUGUUCAGGUCACCAAAAGAUCAUCACCAAAUUAUAUGUGCCAGCUUUAGAGCGUGGAGUUAUGAGACUGGGGGCUACAAUCUCUGUCAUUCUUGUUAUCAUUCAACUAACAUCGCCAGUGCCUUUGCCUGGAUGGGAUCCGUCAUUUCUUCCACCUGCUAAGGCAGUGCUAUACUCGCCAGACACCAAGGUUCCGAGAACCGGAGAAUUAGCUUUGAGAAAAGCCAUCCCUGCAAACACAAACAUGAAAAGCAUACAGAAUUCUCUAGAGGAACUGUCAUACUUGCUAAGGAUUCCUCAGAGAAAGCCUUAUGGAACAAUGGAGGGUAAUGUAAAGAAAGCUUUAAAGAUUGCUGUGGAUGAAAAGGAAUCUAUUUUGGCAAGCAUACCAGCUGAUCAGAAGGAAAACGGGCUGGCAAUUUAUGCAUCUCUUAUUGAUGGGAAGGGAGGAUUGCAGACUCUACUUGGAUAUAUAAAGGACAAGGAUCCAGAUAAAGUAUCAGUAGCUCUUGCAUCUUCACUGGAUUCUAUUGCCCAGCUAGAGCUGCUACAGGCUCCUGGGCUAUCCUUCUUGCUGCCUGCGCAGUACACGAAUAAUCCUAGGCUCACGGGGAGAGCAAUUGUCGAGUUUGUGGUUGAAAAAGGAGAUGGUUCAAUGUUUACUCCACAGGCUGGUGGUGUACCAAUAAAAGCUGCUACAAUCCAGGUUGUACUGGAUGGAUAUUCGGCACCACUUACAACAGGAAAUUUUGCAAAACUGGUAGUUGAUGGGGCGUAUGACGGAAUGAAGCUCAAAUGCACUGACCAAGCUGUUCUUUCAGACAGUGGGAUCAAUAAGAGCAUAGGUUAUAGUGUUCCUCUAGAGAUAAUGCCAUCUGGACAGUUUGAGCCACUGUAUAAAACAACUUUAAGCAUACAGGACGGAGAGCUGCCUGUGCUUCCGUUAUCUGUUUAUGGUGCAGUUGCUAUGGCUCAUGAUGAUGUCUCUGAGGAAUACUCGUCUCCGAAUCAAUUCUUCUUCUAUCUUUAUGAUAAAAGCUAUUCUGGCUUAGGCGGCUUAUCUUUUGACGAGGGCCAAUUUUCUGUAUUCGGAUACACGACCAUUGGAAGAGAUGUUCUCCCUCAAAUCAAGACCGGUGAUAUUGUUCGUUCUGCAAAGCUAGUAGACGGUCAAGAUAACCUCGUAUUACCGUCAGAAAGGUUAUAACUUCAAGUUGCAAACUAUCUUGCUUGCCAAUCGUACCAAAACAAGAUCAAAUCAGGCAAGUCAAUCUUUCGUGUAAAUUUGAUUCAGCUUAACUUGUGAAAAUUUGAUUCGGGUUACAAAUCUGAACAACCCGAAAACGAGAUUUUUCACAUUGUUCUAUAGAGUUAAUGUCUGAUAUUUCGUACACUGGCUGGCUGGGCAGUAGGCACUAUAUUUACGACACAUUUUUGUUUUACAGAUUUCCAUUUCAAGUCUUUUACUACAUAUUUGUACCUAUGACCGAUGUAUUGAUAUGUUGAGAAAAAUCGAUUAGUCACGCGUUACU